UGUAAAAUCGUAACGGUGGAAGGAUCUUGCACAAUCUGAGUACUUGAAAACCCAGAUCGUCAAGCAUACGUGAUAUCGUGCAAUCUGUUUGUUUGUUUGUUUGUUUUAAUUUAUCUUGGUUUGACUUGUAUGUAUAUGCAGGAAACCGCUGAUUAGGUUGGGGGCAAACACGCCGGCGAGGGCAGAGAGAAUGGGUCGACGGAGCGACUUUGAUCAGUACACCCCCGGGGGAGUGGGGCAGUUGACGCCGCGCAGGAGUGGGGAGACGAGCGAGGUGGUGCUGUAUUUCGGGGUCAUCGACAUAUUGCAGGACUACGAUAUCAGCAAGAAGCUGGAGCAUGCGUACAAGUCGUGGCAAGUCGAUCCAGCGUCGAUCUCGGCGGUGGAUCCCAAGCUCUACUCGAGGAGGUUCAGGGAUUUCAUCGGGCGAAUAUUCAUCGAGGACAGAGAAAUGAAUGCCCUUAAAUGGUGGAAGAUGGUGGCAUUUAAGUAGAUGAGGGGAGGAAACAAUACAUGAUGCGCACCAGACCAGGGCAAAAGCCGUGAUUUGUUAAUUAAUGAAGGCGGCAGGACAAUUAAGGAGGCUUGGCUGGCUGGCUGAUGGGUGAGUUUUGGGAAGUUGGGCCAUGGGGAUUGCUUGGGAUUGGGAUUUGGGGAAGGUGAUGAUGGCAAAUGGGCGGUAUGUAAAUUGAGUUUGGGUUCUUUCUUGGUGGGGAUGGGAUUCCAUUUCUCCCUUUUCCUCUUUUGGGGAUUUGUUUUCUGGUUUAGGGUUUCAUGUUUUUUUUCUAAAUUAGAGGGAGGGUUAUUUUGGGAAGGAAGUUUUGGUUUUGGGGAUAUGGUUCAAAAGGAUUGGUAAGUGGUGGGGGGGAAAUGGACUGAAUUUUUCCCCCGGGGUAGUGAAAAUUCAAAAGCCGCUGUUUGGGUGGGUGAGAAAUAAGGGGAAUUGUACAGCUUAUAGGAUUGAAUGGAACAUUGAACCCAGAGAAAAAAAGGGUAAAAAUGAAACAGUGAAAAAAGAAAGUUGAUGACUGAUGAAUGAAUGGAUGACCAGUUU